GGAGUCGGGCGGGCCGGUGCAGAGAGCAGCGUGGUCCAUCCUGUGACUGACUGACACCCGCCGGGGAAAAAGUUACUCUGAGUUCGCGGACACACUGCCAACAUGUCUGGAGAUGACGAGACGCAGGAGCAGACCAUCGCCGAUGACCUGGUGGUCACCAAGUAUAAGAUGGGCGCCGAGAUUGCGAACCAGGCUCUGAAGACGGUGGUCGAGGCGGCUUUGGCCGGCGUCUCCGUGCUCAGCCUGUGUGAAAAGGGAGAUGCCUUCAUCAUGACAGAAACUGGGAAAAUCUUCAAGAAGGAAAAAGACAUGAAGAAAGGUAUCGCUUUUCCUACUUGUGUGUCAGUUAACAACUGCGUAUGCCAUCACUCCCCUCUGAAGAGUGACCCUGACGUCAUACUGAAGGAUGGAGACCUUGUCAAAAUUGACCUGGGUGUGCAUGUCGACGGCUUCAUCUCAAAUGUGGCUCACAGCUUUGUUGUUGGAGUGACCAAGGAAAACCCUCUGACUGGAAGGAAGGCUGACGUUAUCAAAGCAGCUCACCUCUGUGCUGAGGCGGCUCUGCGUCUUGUUAAGCCCGGAAACCAGAACACGCAGGUCACAGAAGCCUGGAACAAGAUUGCAAAGUCAUUCAAGUGCUCCCCUAUUGAAGGCAUGCUGUCCCAUCAGCUCAAACAACAUGUGAUCGAUGGGGAGAAAACCAUCAUUCAAAACCCAACGGACCAGCAAAAAAAGGACCACGAGAAGGCUGAGUUUGAGGUGCAUGAGGUGUAUGCAGUGGAUGUACUUAUCAGCACUGGAGAGGGGAAGGCAAAAGACGGAGGUCAGAGGACCACUGUUUACAAACGAGACCCCAACAAGGUGUACGGCUUAAAGAUGAAGACAUCUCGGACAUUCUUCAGUGAGAUGGAGAGGCGCUUCGAUACAAUGCCUUUCACUCUCAGAGCGUUUGAGGAUGAAAGCAAGGCCAGGAUGGGCGUGGUGGAAUGUGCCAAACAUGACCUGGUGCAGCCAUUCAACGUGCUGCAUGAGAAAGAGGGUGAAGUUGUAGCUCAGUUCAAGUUCACCGUGCUGCUCAUGGCCAACGGACCCCUGCGAAUCACAAACAGCCUCUUUGAGCCAGAACUCUAUAAGUCUGAGCAUGAAGUGGAGGACCCGGAGCUGAAGGCUUUGCUUCAAAGCUCAGCCAGCCGUAAGACCCAGAAGAAGAAGAAAAAGAAGGCCUCAAAGACUGUUGAAAGCGCAACAGGACAGGCGAUGGAGACUGAAGCUGCAGAAUAGAUUUCUCUGACAGACAAUGGAUGACCCAAAGAACAGACGUCACAAAUCCUUCUGUCCCAGCUGUCUGAGGCACUUGCGGGCAUAGCCGCUGUGAAUACCUCUGAAUCUAACUGAUGUCAGUCUGGGAUGAUGCUGCUCCUAAAUUCUGUCACUCCACCUAAAACACACGCUCACACACGCACACACACACGCACACGCACACACGACCAUCCAUAGUAAAUCUCACUGUCCUUGAGACUGUCUUCUUCUCUUUACGGUGGACAAUAGUUCUGCUACAAAAGAGGGUAUUUUGUGCAAGGGCAUAACACUCACUGGAACAUUCAGCUAUUCGACUGACCUUGAGCCUUCGCCCCUUUCUCCACAAUAACUGUAGUGAAAGAUAUGGAAAGUAAAAUGAGUUUGACAGAGCGGCCAAGGAUGAUGAAUGCACAAUACUGUGUCGGGGUAAUUGUGUGGCAUUUAGAUAACUUCCUUGAGGUCAUAAACCUGAAGCCAUGCCUUUUUAAAUGAGUGUUCACUUGUUGUGGGCAGAAAUGUGUAACACCUGCGUUGAGCCCUGAAGUUAUGAGCAUAGACAUUACUAUUACUGCAUUUAUACUGCUCGCGCUUAGGUCUGUCUGCUAGUGUACAUUUGUAGGAAUCUGCUGUAGGUUACUCGGCUAACAACUCUAAAACUGACAAUUUAAGGCAUACCGGUUGAGUGAUUUAACGAGUGAAAACAUGAAUUUCUCAGUUGUGGAUGGUCUAACUCCUGCCAAGGGUUCAGCAUUCAGUCCUCUGGUGCCACCAUCGAGUCUGACAGUCUGUGUUUACAUAAGAAUUCCAUACCUGUUAGAUUUAUGGAUGCUUUUGUAAAACAAAUCCCAGUUUCAGAGACUAUUUUUGGAAACAUUAAAAAGCCACCUGACAUCA